AUGUCCGUGACCGCCACACCGUCUACAAGCUCCGUGUGGGUUCACGAUCUUAAAAAGAACAUUCCAAGUACUGGCAUUUUAUUAUACAAACGCGCGCCCAAAGCCAACAGCCCCGGUCACAUUUAUUCGACGAAGUUAUUGAUUGCCGAUAAUCAUCGCCCAAUAAACCCGAUCACCCAAAGCGGGAUUAUCACCAUCGUCCGAUCUUGUCACACUAAGCAGCGCCUAUAUAAGCGGAGACACAGCCCCAGACCAGUCACUUGCGUUCCGACGACUCUCGGGAAAACAACCAACAGGAGGAAUACCCGGAAAAUCCAAGUAGUUCGUUCCUCUAAAAACGACCCAGAACACUACGAACCCGACGUACUCGACCGACGAAACGCCGACGCCAAGCAGUACACCUGGCCACAGCGCAUCAUCGUCACCAAGCAGUACACCUGGCCAAAGCGCAUCAUCGACAGCAAGCAGUGUACACAGCGACCGCACGACGUCAACAACACACGGUACACUCAGCCACCACGCAUCAGCAACGCCAAGCAGUUCCUCGAACGAUUGCGUGGUGCCAGCAGCAAGCAGUGCAACAUACGGCCCUUCCGUAGCGCCGAUCCCGCACAUAAAGCAGUGCGAUACUCAACAAGCUGCAAUAUACUCGGCCCUUCCGCAGUGCCGAUAUCACCAAGCAGAACCACACUCGACCCUUCCGCAGCGUCGAUAUCAACAAGCAGUACCACAUUCGGCCCUUCAGCAGCGCCGACACCACGUAGCAAGCAGUAUCACGCUCGAUAUAAUUAUAGUUAGAAAACGUAGUCUUAAUCAAUCGUACGAUUAAAAUAUAACCAUACUCUGUAGCG